AUGUAUCUCAAAGAAGCAUUCGUCCCGGUCACGCACUACGACAUAAUAGACCGUCUCAAUGGACAAUAUGAGAAACUGCUGGCAUCUGGAGACUAUCAGCCUUUCACCUAUCCUUUUGGAACUCUCGGCGCCACAGUAGUCAUUCUCUACCUUCUUCUGGACCAUCGAUCACGGCCAUGGCUACGCAAAGCUCGUUUUGCAGCGUGGGCGUUUAUCACCAUCUUUGCGAUUUGGAACAUCAAGAGCUUCCGAGCACGUAACCCGGCCGGCGCGUUUGGUGUUGGUCUAAUUUCUGCCUGGUCGAUAUUGUGGUGUUUUAUGAUGCUGGUGGUAAAAGAUGUGCAGCAGGACUUUUCGAGAAUCGAGAGGAAGGAAUCACGUCUGGAUAUGAUUUCUGCGUCUGCGCCUCCACAGACUGCAGAGUCGAACGGCCAAGCAAGUGGAAGUGCAAGUGCUUAUCAGAGUGGCUCGACUUUGCAUAAUCGUACCAGCAAAGUUGGCACAAAACAGUCACCAGCUCAACGGACCGGCACGCUUGCCUGGCAGAGCUAUCCUUCAGCUCCAUUUGUGGAGCGUCUCGACUGGGUCGCAGAUAUCUUCUCCAACUUCAGAGGCAUGGGAUGGAACUGGCGUAUCUCUGGACUGCCCUCACCACCACUGUGGGCGCAAGCACAGCUCGCUGGCAACUUGGGCGCGCCGCCACCGGAAGAGGACGAGAAGAAGACCCUGGUUAGUCGUACUGGCGUCCACCGCUACCAUGACAAGUCCUCUCUACUCAGAGUCAACCUUUGGAUCUUCUGUCGCGACGUUGUAAUUCUCGACAUAAUCAAAACCUUGAUCUCCCACGAUGCUUAUUUCUGGGAUGGCAAUGUCUCGGCGACGCCAAACUACUUUCCAGCAUCUCUUCAGGCUUCUGCUGUUACUGUGCGCAGCGCUCGUCUGUUACUCAGCUUGACCGCGAUCUAUACAGCAUUGCAGGCUAUCUUUGCCCUUGGUCCUCUCUUCUUCGUCGGCAUGAUUGGUCCUCGCUAUAUCGGUGUGCGAGGCGAGAUCUGGAUGUAUCCCGAUAGCUUUGGUUCGUUCAGCAACGUACUCGACAAAGGACUCGCGGGUUGGUGGGGUGGCUGGUGGCAUCAAACCUUCAGAUAUGCUUUUGAGGCCCCAUCAUCAAAAUUAAUGGAGCUCUUGAAGAUCAACCCAAAGUCGGCCACUGGAAAGUUCUUGGGCCUAACAGUUGCAUUCGUGCUAUCGGGAAUGUUGCACGCUUGCGGCAGCUAUACGCAGCUUGGACAUACAUAUCCGCUUUCCGGUCCUUUCCUGUUCUUUGUCUCACAGAUUGGAGGUAUUAGUGCUCAGCUUGCACUCAUUUCAUUCUUGCGUCGUAUUGGUGUGGUGCAGCGAUCGCCCAAGUGGCUGCAACGUAUGGCCAAUUUUGUCUAUGUACAUGUGUGGUUCUACUACACCGCGCCGCUGUUAUGCGACGACUUUGCGCGUGGUGGUAUUUGGCUAUUCGAACCGCUGCCUGUCAGUCCGCUCAGAGGGCUAGGCUUGGGUGGAAAAGGCGAUGGGUUUUGGUGCUGGUGGGGAGGUAUCGUACGGUGGCACAAGGGAGACCGAUGGUGGAACACGGGUCUCGCUCUAUAA